AUGAUUUUGAUUCUGACCCUUCGUGAUUCUGCACACGCGAAAACACUAUCGUUUUAUAUACUUAAUAACAUCAAUUCAAUGGGAACCUCAUCCAAAUUCUUUCAUUUCAGGCCUGAUAAUUUUAUAUUCGGAACUCAAGGUGCUGGAAAUAAUUACGCUAAAGGACGUUAUACAGAAGGUGCAGAAUUAGCAGAUACAGUUCUAGACGUCAUCAGAAAAGAAGCUGAAGGAUGCGAUCUUCUGCAGGGAUUUCAAAUAGUCCAUUCCAUAGGAGGGGGCACUGGUUCUGGCAUGGCUUGCCUUCUUCUGGAGAAGCUCAGAGAAGAAUAUGUUGAUAGAAUAAUCAGCACAUUCACUGUAAUACCAAGUCCUAAAGUAUCUGACACAGUCGUAGAACCGUACAACGCCACUAUGGCCAUUUCGAGUUUGAUUGAGACAUCUGAUGAAACCUACAUCAUAGAUAAUGAAGCUUUACACGAUAUUUGUUACAGAACAUUAAAGUUAUCCAAUCCUUCAUACGGCGAUUUGAAUCAUCUCAUCUCAGCUGUGAUGGCAGGAGUUACUACUUGCAUUCGUUUCUCUGGCCAGCUAAAUGCAGAUUUAAGGAAAAUUCAAGUCAAUAUGGUACCUUUUCCAAGAUUACACUUCUUCAUACCAGGAUUUGCUCCUCUAACAUCAAGAGGUAAUAUGCCAUAUAGAGGUAUCUCAGUUCCGGAGCUAGUCCAUCAGCUUUUCGAUGCAAAAAACCUAAUGGCAGCGUGCGAUCCAAGGAGGGGAAAAUAUCUCACAGCUGCUUCAAUCUUCAGAGGAAGAAUGUCUACGAGGGAAGUGGAUGAACAGAUGGUCAAUAUUCAAGACAAAAACAGUUCUUAUUUCGUGGAAUGGAUUCCGAAUAAUAUCAAAACGGCAGUUUGUGAUAUUCCUCCAAGAGGUUUGAAAAUAUGCGGCACUUUCAUCGGCAAUAAUACUUCUAUACAGGAACUCUUCAAGAGAAUAAGUGAGUAUGAAAUUCAAACAGUAUAUUAUGAAGAGUACGGUCUGAAUAUUAUGAAAUUGUUGGG